CAUAUCAUAUCAUAUAGAAAACAAAUUAAAAGAUCCAGUCUGUAAUCUUCUGCACACUGUCUUUAUCUCUGACAAACACAAACAUAUUUCACCCUUUGACAGUAUCAUAUUUUUGUGCAUUCAUUACAGUGCAGUGUUUUGUUUUUGCCACACGGUGGCUCUAUUGGCCCCACAAUCAGAGAAACAGAAAGAAACCUGUUACAGUUUCAUAUUGAGACUUGUGUGCAACUUACAGAACUGAGACUAGGAAGAGACAAUAAACAGGUCUUGAAGUCAAUAAUCUUUUGUCCGUCCACUCGGCUACAUCACAAAGAAAAUGGCAAAUUUUUAUCUGCUGGGUUGCUUUUUGUUAGUUCUGUUCAUGGUCAUAUCAGAGUGCAGAGACAGUUCACCAGUGAUUGAGUCUGUGUCUGCUCCUCAAGAAGAAGAUGUAGCCCUCCCUUGUUUUAAUUCUAGCGUGAUGAAGCCAGAGAGCUGCAACAGAGUGAAAUUGAUAAAGUUUGCCACAGAUUCCAGUCAAGUGAAGGUUAUCCUUGCCAGGCCUCAAACAGCCAAGUUUCCAGAUGCUGAACAUGUAAAAUGGCAACGUGAUGAAAAAGGACAAAUAUCCCUUUUUCUGACAAAACUACAAAAAUCUGAUGAGGGACAGUACAGCUGUGAAAUCUGGCAAGGCUGGGACUGUAUUCAUUUCAAAAACAUAUCUUUGAAAGUAAAAGAAUGCAAAGUCCUUCAAGCAGUGAAGGCGGCGCCCAGCACACCCAUUAACUUGACUUGCCCAGUGGACAUAAAACCCCAAAAUAUCUCCUGGGUAAUGCUGAAAGGAGGCAGCCCUGUAUCUGUUAACUCUAAAAGGGUUAAAAUGAAUGGGACAUCAUUAACUAUCCAGUCUGUGAAUUACGGGGACGGUGGUUGGUACAGAUGUAAAUACAUGCUUGAAAAAAGUCAGCGUUGCUUUGACAUUAAUGUACUGGUCCAAGAAGAAAAUGCUGUUGUGGCCACAACUGUUCCAGAUAUGUCAGUUCCAGGUAUGUCAAUUCCAGCACUGACAACCAUUGAGAUUCUUUCGACAACCACGGAGAAGGAGAGCAGUGUAGCAUUAAUUCUAGUGGUGGUUUCAGUCAUCAUUGCGAUUGCCAUAAUUGCUGCGCCGAUAGGACUGCUCAUUUACUACAGACGUAACACCCAGAGAAAUACACUGCAAAUCCAGAGGCAGCCAGCAGGUACUCGUAUAGAGUCUUUCGAUGGUUAUGAAGUUGUGAAUCUUACAACGUCAGAGGCUAAUGCAAACCAACGAGUCAACAGUCUGUACCAACAAUUCCAGGAUGAAAGCUUGUGUACUUGUAAGUUGUACUACUAUCACACUUUAAUUCUCAUCAUAUUAAAAUAGCCAAAUAACAAUUUUCUCUCCUUCAUUGCAGUCCAGUUUUAGGAAAAUUGAGUCUGCUCAAGAAAAAGAAGAGGCUUUCCCUUACUAUCUAAUCUAGAUUGCGUGCUUACAUUUAUGCAUUAUGUAAAAACAUGUAACAUCUACUAAACUGUGAAGUGUCUGUUCCUUGUCUUGCAAGGAAGAGCCCCUUAUACUGAGCAGCAUGGAAAAUGCUACCCACUGUUUUUUCUUAGAAUGUUGAAAAGACUCUUUUAUGUUGCUGUAUCUAAUCAUCUGUAAUCUUAAAUGAUGUUUAAAAUGUAAUCUUACAAUAAAAUAUUUGAUUAAAUUUGAA